GGAAGUGGGACGGCGCCGUCUACGCCUCCAUCAGGGUCUCCAUGUUCCCCGACGCGUGCAGGAAGGUUGGGAUUGUUGAGGAGAGCGAUGAGGACAAGGCCAGGAGCUUCGCCUCCAAGCUCUGAUCCAUCAAGAGAUGAGAGCAAUCCCCAUGUCUCAGAUUUUGCAUGUGCUACUCUCCCCAGUAGUCGGCGUCUUUGCAAAUGAGAUAUGGAAGCCAAUUAAGCGGCACUCUAGCUACUGCCUGAAACCCAACACUAGUGUUGGUAGACUAGCAAAGGCUACUACAUAUUUGAAAGACGCCAAAGACACUAUUGAGGAGAAAAUUCAACUGGGUGAACUCCAGAGCAAAAGACUCACAGAGCAAGCACAACGGUGGAUAGAUAGUGCUCGAUCAGCAGUAGACGAAUCGUACAUGAUCAACAAUAAGUAUGAGGGAAGGAAAAUACAUUUCUUUGGUUGCUCCUGGAAUUGUUUCUUCAACUAUAGGAUUGGUAAAGCUGCUGCCAAGACAAAGAGUGAUGCCGAGGAGCUAAACAAAAUAGUUCCACGGGAUGGUAGUAUCUUCAGUUUGCUUCCCCCAGUUGGCAGAGAGCUACCUCUGCCACCUAACAUUGUGGGGCAGACUGAGUACAAAGACAAGAUUGUUGGUGACAUCAAACAAGGCUGCACCAUGAGUUUCAUUGGGAUAUGUGGUAUGGGAGGUGCAGGCAAAACAACUCUACUUAAGCAAUUAAACAACGUCUUCAGCGGCGCUGCAGAAGCGCAUGAAUUCGAUCAUGUCAUUUAUGUGGAAGUAGGUCAGCAACAACAUCUGAGUACAGUUCAGCAUAAUAUCGCAGCCCAGCUCGGCCUGGCACUAGGACAUGAUGAAAGCUCCAUUUCUAGAUCUGCAUCCAUUUACAACUUCUUGAAGGAAAGGAGGUUUCUGUUGUUGAUAGAUGACCUUUGGCAAAUGCUGGACCUAGUCAAUGUUGGCGUACCACAAGGUUCCACACAAGUUGGCCCUCGGAAUAGGCAGAUGGUAAUUAUCACAACACGUUUACAACAUGUCUGUCAUGGAAUGCAAGCGCAUGCUCAUGUGAUUAUGCUACAAAGGCUAAAGUCUGACCAAGCGUGGAGUCUCUUUGAAGUAAAUGCAGGAUGCGAUAAACUAACCAACAGUAAUUCUCAAAUCAAAGGCUAUGCCAAGAGCAUUGUGGAAAAGUGUGGAGGCCUCCCACUAGCGCUCAAGAUAGUUGGGCAGGCUAUGGCAUCAAAAAGAAGUGAACAUGAAUGGGAACAUACUGUGAUGUUGCUUCAACAGUCUCAGUUCCACAAAGUUCCAGAUGCAGGAAGUGACCUAUACCAUGUACUGUAUGUUAGUUAUGACCAACUGCCAGAUGAGAGGACAAAGCAAUGUUUUCUUUUCGUUGUCUUGACUUCACAUGAUUGUGUGUAUGUGCCAUAUACAAUAGAUAUUUGGAUGAGCCAUGGGUUAAUAGGUGACGAUGGUGAUGUCAGGAACAGCUAUUUGAGAGGACACUCGGUUCUUGGGUGCUUAAAAAGAGCUUGCCUGUUGGAAGAACAUCCUAGAGGGGAAAGUUAUGUGAGGAUGCAUGAUAUCGUCCGAGAUGUAGCUCUUUGGAUUGUAGCAACCCAACAAGGAGAUGGACCAAAUAAGAACUGGCUAGUCCGUCACUGUGGGGAAGAGGUGGAGCCACAAGAGUGGAGCAGUAGUAUUGAAAGAAUUUCCCUUAGGAACAAGAGUGAUGUUGCCAUUCCUGAUGCUCGCAGUUGCGCAGCUCACCUUUUGUUGACUCUGGUACUGGACAGAAACUUGAGGAUUUGCAAGGUUCCUACAGGCCUUUUUACAAGUACUCCAUCUCUCACUCACUUGAGUCUACCGAGAACUAGUAUUCAACAACUCCCAUCAGAUAUUGGAGCAUUAGUAAACUUGCAGUACCUUAAUCUUUCGGAAACGCCACUCCAAUUGAUCCCAGUGGAGCUGCAGUUCUUGAAAAGUUUGAGGUACCUAUAUUUAGGAUAUACAGAUCAAUUGAAAACUAUCCCAGAUGGGACCAUAUCUGCACUAAGUCUGCUGAGGGUGCUUGAUAUGUACAAAAGCGGUCCUUUUCCAGAGGAAAAAACACGGGCAUACAUUGAGGAGUUGGAGAGUUUGGCAUUCUUACAAUUUCUUGGCUUCACGGUUACUGAUUGUGAGUCCCUUCACAGAAUUUUCAACCUGCCCUUGAGAUUUCUUGAUAUACAAGGAGUUGAAGGCUUGCGACGUCUCCAUAUGUCACCUACACUCGUUAGCAAAACAAGGGCACGCCAGCUUGAUACCUUAGCAUUGUAUGGAAUAGAAAGCUUGGAGAGCUUGCUGAUAGGUGAAACGGAUAUGGAUUCAGACUGGUACUUUAAAAUCCUUGAUGAGCUCCGAUUGAAGAACCUCCAAAAUCUGAAAAGUAUCGUAUGGAAAGGGGUGGUGCCUCAUCUUUGCCUUCCUUUACUUCGUACGCUACAGAUAGAAGGCUGCCACAGCAUCAGGACAAUCACAUGGAUCAAGCAGUUGCCCUGCCUAGAGGAGGUAUAUGUGGUUGAUUGUUAUUCAGUGUUGGAGUUAGCGAGUACUGAUGAUGACGAAGGACCCUUGUCAUGUGCUGCCACGGCUCCGUUUCCUCGUCUCAAGGUACUCGGACUAAGUGUUCUCAUGAACCUGCACAACAUAUGUGAUGACACACUCUCAUUCCCGUGCUUGCAGCGCUUGGUUGUGUACGAGUGUUGUAUGCUGGAGAAACUGCCAACCAGGUUGCUAAAAGAAGAGAGUGCGCCACUCAUACUCGGCAAAAAUGACUGGUGGCAGAAACUAGGUUGGGACGACAAUAGCGUGAAAUCUAUUUUAUUUCCAUUCUUCAGGGAACUGCCUGCAUAUUUUCAAGGAAGUAUGGCAGAAACCUAUAGUGCAUUACAUACAUAAGCUGAAGCUAUAUUUGCUUUGACUCCAACAAAAAAAAAGGAAUAGCCAAAUCACUGAAAUCAUGGAUCCGAGCGCUGCAGCGCUUGCCUCGUUUCACAAUAAUAGUCCGAAAAGGGUUAUUACCCUUGUAAUACAAAAAAUCACUCGCCGCUUUGUACUAAAAACAAGAAAGACUAAGCAGCAUUUGUCGUGUAUGUGCUUGGCUAUACAGUUAGCUUAUGCCAGCUUUGCACAAUUGCAUAUUUGCAUUACCUGUUGUUGUAAAAUUCUGUAUUAAGAUUGAAACUAGCUAUGUAUUUUCAAGUUGUAAUA